UUACUAUUUAAUAUAUUUUUCAUUAAAAUUCUAAAAUGUCAAUUGAAAAAAAUGAAAUUAAAGUUGAUGGAUUUGGAAUGGUACCAUGUCAAUCGGAUAAUUCAAAUAAUUAUGAGAUAAUAAAAAGAUAUACCUUAACAAAUAAAACAAAAUCAUAUGUUCGUUUGAUAACAUGGGGAGCUGGUGUUCAGUCAAUAAGUGUACCAAAUGCCAAGGGUAUUCUUGGUGAUGUUGUUCUCGGCUUCAAUGACAUUCAAGGAUAUUUAAGCAACAGAUUUAUCGGUCGAACUUUUGGUUACGAAACACGUCGAGUAUUUAAUGAUAUUAUUUCUGUAAACAAGAGAAAAUUAUUAUCAUCAACAGACGAUAAUAGCCAAGAAAUAUUUAAUGAUAAAUCAUUUGAUAAUGUCAAUUGGAAUUCUCAUAUACUUGAUAAUCAAGUGGUGAUGUCUCAUUUGAGUGACAAUGAAAAUAAAGGAAAAACAUUGACUCAAAUAAAGUACAGUUGGACUGAUGAAAAUGAACUUCAUGUUAAUAUUCGUGCCACUUCAACAAGAUCAUCAUCAGUUGACGUCACUAAUUGUUAUCUCUUGAACCUUGCUGGUCAUGGAACAGGUUGUGAAGAAUUAAAAAAACAUGUUAUUACAUUAAAUGCAAAUGAAUGCAAACGUAUGGAUGACAAAAUAAAUUUUAAAGAUAAAAACAUUUUAAAGUAUGUUCAUAGAAAAAAUAUGUUUGAUUUGGAAAAUAUUAUUUUGUUGAAUAAAAAACGCUUGUAUAUGAUACCAGAUGGUGGAUAUAAUCAUUUUUUUACUGAUAAUGAAUUUUUGAAUAAUAAUUAUUAUCGAUUUAAUGCUAGAAUUUUGCAUCCACCAACUGGAAGAUUUGUUGAAGUUUAUUCAAAUCAGCCUGGUUUUCAUUUUUAUACUGGUCAUGAUUUACCUAAUUUUCAAAAAAUAAAUAAUCAGCAAAGGAAAAUGUAUGGUAAAGAUGGAAUUUUAUAUGAUAGAUAUGGAGGAUUUAUGGUGUCACCAUCGUGUUAUCAUCAAGUGUUGGAUUAUAAUAAUAAUUUUUUAAAUACUUUAAAUCCUGGUAGUGUUUAUCAUCACAAUAUGACAUUAAAAUUUGGUGUUAAAACAUAUAAAUAAAUAAAAUUAAUAUAGCUUACAAGAAUCAAAUAAAGUGGGUAAAUAAUUUAUUAAUUAUGGCUAGAAAUAA